AUGGACGUCGUCAACUCAGUCGUUGCAACCGGAGGCUACCAUGGUCGCGAAGUUCUCCAGACAUUCAACCUGCUGAGGGAGCGCGAUGGAUGGGACAUGCCAUGGAAAUGGUUGGAAGACUUCAUAUGGGUGCGUUGGAAGUCGACACGCAACUUCUCGGAGACGCUUCAGCUUUUCGAAGACGCAAGGGACAACAAUUUUUACGGUAUUCAAGACACUCUUGAGAUUCGAUCGAGGAUGGUGCGAGUCUGCAUCGAGGCUAAACAAGCCGAGAGAGCAGAUUUACUCAUGGAGGAACUUAUAUCUAUAUACCCAAAGGCUCAAACUGAUGUCAAGAUACUCGGCCAAUUCACCCUUCAAAACGCCAAGGAGGGGAACUGGGCCGGAGUCUUCAGCGAUUUUGAGGCGAUGAAGACGGUUCAAACGGCCAACCCUCACAACGAACGGCACUUCAGUCGCGUAUUUGCGGCUGUACUAGAAACUUAUGCGAAGACUCACACGUGGGGUGAGGUUGAGACUUUCAUGGAAACGUACAUCUCGGAGUUCGGAUUAGGCCUUGACCGCCACCUGGUCACAUUCAUUGCCGACAGACAUGCAAAAUGUCGCGACACGCAGGCGCUGAAGCGAUGGCUGGUGUUCUGUAUGGAUUCCGGGUACACCGCCGACAGCAGAUUCUGGAUUUCAAUGCUGGUCAGUUGCCGCAGAGACUGGAAGUAUAGCGUCAAACAGCUGUCCGACCUAUAUCAUGCCAUGAAAGGUGCUGGCAUCAGCACCGCCUUCCCUGGUCUUGAUCUAUGUUACAAAAACCUGACGAAUACGACAAGCCCCCGGGCCAAACAGGUUCGGUUGAGAGCUUAUAUGGCGAGCCCUGCCCACGAGGUGGGUGCCUUCGAAUCCAUGAAAGCGGAUGCACAGAUUGGAAGGUGGCAUAGUGUGCUGGCUCUUUACAAGCGUGCGCUGCACAACGGCAUGGGACACACGAGUCGUUGUCUUAAGUUGGCAGUCAGAGCUGUUGUUGAAACCGAAGGCCCUCGAAGUAGACAGGCCAUGGCACUCCUAAGUAGUGCUCAAUCCGAAGGUUGCAACACCAACGAGGCCAUGUAUCCCAUUGUUCACGGUCAACUCGCCGAAAUCGAAGGGCGCCGCGCCGGGAUGACGGGUGAAGACGGCCGAAGUAUGGUCUAUCCUGAAAUAAAGGCUGUCUUCGACGACCUCCGCCUCAAAGACUUCCACAUCGACGACGGCCUGUUCAACCGCGCCGCCCGCAUCUGCGAGAAACUGCGCAACUACCGGGAGAUGAUCCAAUUCUGCAUCAUCGCGGCCGAGGUCAACGGUCGCGGCGACCUCUGCUACAGCGUCUACAACUUCAAUAACCUCCUCGCCGCCUACGUGAUCCGGCACGAGUAUGACAAGGUGCGUUGGCUGCUCGCCGAGCUUGUGACGCGCGAGUACCGCACCUCUAAGGAGGUCAGGUACCGCCUCUACUGGGCGGUGCAGUACCUCCGGAGAAGUGCCGAGGCCGACAAGGACGAGGCGCUCAUUCAGGCCGAUAUCGAGAUCUUGGCCCUCGUACACCAGGUCCGCACGGCCUUGAGAAAGGAGAACCUCGACCAGAAGGCAGAGGUUAAGGAGGUCCUCCUCGACGCCAUGUCCCAUGCCACUUCUAAAUCCAAGAGCACCAGCAAGGCUGAUAGUCUCGCACCGCCGGCCUCUGGACAAGAUCAAGAGUUGUCCACAAUGAGCGAGGACGAAGACAAUGUUGCCGGUGCGCCUGCGCCUGCACCUCCUUCCACGCAGCCGACCCUGGUUAGGAGGGUUCAAAGUAAGCGCGAGGUGCCUGUUAACUCCACGCCAAGGCCCGGGGGUUCAAAUGGGACCGAGUCGCAGCCAGGCAAGAAAGCUUACUCGUGGAGAUCGACUACACUUAGAUAG